UCGGGGGGGGGCCGGCGGGGGGGCGGGGGCGCGGCCCCAUAAAGGGCUCCGCGCCGGGCCCGGCCCUGCAGUGUCGUGAGCGGCGGAGCGCGGUGCCGGCAGAUCAAGAUGUCUAAAAAAAUCCAUGGAGGGUCUGUUGUGGAGAUGCAAGGAGAUGAAAUGACACGGGUCAUCUGGGAAUUAAUUAAAGAAAAGCUGAUUUUUCCUUAUGUAGAUCUGGAUUUGCACAGCUAUGACUUGGGCAUUGAGCAUCGUGAUGCUACAAAUGAUAAAGUGACUGUGGAAGCUGCUGAAGCCAUAAAGAAAUAUCAUGUUGGCAUCAAGUGUGCCACCAUCACUCCUGAUGAGAAAAGAGUAGAAGAGUUCAAGUUGAAGCAGAUGUGGAAGUCUCCGAACGGGACCAUUAGAAACAUCCUAGGUGGAACAGUCUUCAGGGAGGCUAUUAUCUGCAAGAACAUCCCCCGAUUGGUGUCUGGAUGGGUGAAACCCAUUGUCAUUGGCCGUCAUGCUUACGGGGAUCAAUACAGAGCAACCGAUUUUGUGGUACCUGGGCCUGGAAAAGUAGAGAUGACAUACACUCCAGGAGAUGGAGGCAAACCAGUCACCUAUCUGGUCCAUAACUUUGAAAGCUGUGGAGGUGUAGCCAUGGGAAUGUACAAUCUUGACCAAUCUAUCAAGGAUUUUGCCCAUAGUUCCUUCCAAAUGGCGCUGUCUAAAGGCUGGCCCCUGUACAUGAGCACCAAAAAUACCAUCCUGAAGAGAUAUGAUGGCCGCUUUAAAGACAUCUUCCAAGAGAUCUAUGACAGAGAAUACAAGUCCCAGUUUGAAGCCAAGAAGAUCUGGUAUGAGCAUAGGCUCAUUGAUGAUAUGGUUGCUCAGGCCCUGAAAUCUGAAGGAGGCUUUGUCUGGGCCUGCAAGAACUACGAUGGGGAUGUGCAGUCUGACUCUGUUGCUCAAGGUUAUGGCUCCCUGGGCAUGAUGACCAGCGUGCUGAUCUGCCCCGAUGGCAAGACUGUUGAAGCAGAAGCUGCACAUGGCACAGUUACCCGUCACUACCGCAUGCACCAGAAAGGCCAAGAAACCUCCACUAACCCCAUCGCCUCCAUCUUUGCGUGGACAAGAGGAUUAGCUCACAGAGCUAAAUUGGACAACAACACUAGCCUCAAGACCUUUGCAACUGCCCUGGAAGAAGUGUGCAUUGAGACUAUUGAAUCGGGUUUCAUGACAAAGGACCUUGCUGCUUGUAUCAAAGGCCUACCUAAUGUCACACGUUCUGACUACCUGAGCACCUUUGAAUUCAUGGACAAGCUUGCUGCAAACCUGAAGGGGAAGCUGGCCUCUCUGCCCAAACUUUAAGGCUUGGGUUCUACUUGAGAU